UCGUCAAGCCUUUCAGAUUGCCCACGGCAUGUGAGUCAUCACAUGACGAGAACGCGAAGGCCACGUGACUAGUCAUGUGACUUCACUCAACAACAUGGCGAGCAGCUUGCAGGUUGUGAUCGUUUUGGCAGUCGCAGGCCUCUGUGCCUCCGCCCAUGUGAAAGCCACUCCACCUACAUUCAACUCCACCUAUAUCAUUAAUGGCGUCCUCCGACUGCCGUAUGCUGAAAUCAAUGAACCCUUCACAGCCUACUUUGACAGCAAGAAUAACAGGAGCAGGAUCGACUACUAUGGAGGUAGUGUUGUCACAAUCCUGAGAGCUGAUGUGGGAAAGUAUGGCAUUACUUACAAGCUGGCGCCAAUGUCCAACUACACUGUAAAUACAGAGAUGUGCUUCCAGACUAAUGGCACCAAUGACACUGUCACUACAAUACAGUCAAUUCUGCCAGAUCUCACAGGAUUCAAGUUCUCCGAAACUAAAAUGCUGAGCGGUGUACAGGUUGACCUGUGGAUGAAGCGAACUGUUGUCGGCACAAAGGAGAAUGUGUAUGUGAUGUACACCGACAGCAAAUCAAAAUACCCUGUUAGAUAUGAAAUGAUGGGAUAUGACACUCUGCUGGGGUCUCAUUAUGAUAAAUAUUCCCUCGACUAUGAAUCUUACAAAGGUGGAAUGGCUAUACAGGAGACUACGUUCGAGACACCAAAGAAUCUGUCCUGUGGUGGGUUCCCCGGGCCUGGAGUUAGUCAUCACCUCAACAUGAACCCAAUGAGGGAGUUUAUCCACCACGAUGACAGCCAUACAAAUCUACUGUUUGACACCUUUAAGAAGACGCACAAGAGGAGCUACGUGUCUGACAAGGAACAUGCACAGAGAACACAUAUCUUCAGACAAAAUGUCAGAUUCAUCUACUCCAAGAACCGAAACAACCUGAGCUACCACCUGUCUGUCAACCACAUGGCCGAUCGCACCGAUGAAGAGAUGAAGCUGAUGAACGGCUACCACUACACCCCCGGCAACCACGGAGGCUUGCCCUUCGACAAGACCAAGUACAACUUGAAGGACGUCCCCGACCAGGUGGACUGGAGGCUGUUUGGUGCUGUUACUCCAGUCAAAGACCAGGCUGUCUGUGGUUCCUGCUGGAGUUUUGGUACAACUGGCACCAUCGAAGGUGCCAACUUUCUGAAGACUGGCAACCUGGUGCGCCUUUCCCAGCAAGAGCUGAUGGACUGUUCCUGGGGGGAGGGCAACAAUGCCUGUGAUGGGGGCGAGGACUUCCGGUCCUACAUGUACAUCAUGAAGACAGGGGGUCUCACCUCGGAGGAGCAGUACGGCCCCUACCUCGGUGCCGAUGGAACCUGCCAUGGCACUAAAGUGUCACCUGUUGUCCAGCUGUCCGGCUACGUCAAUGUCACACCUUAUGAUCAAGAAGCACUGAGAGUGGCCAUUGCCAAUGAAGGUCCAGUCUCUGUCAGCAUUGAUGCCUCCCACAAGUCCCUGUCUUUCUACGCUAAUGGAGUCUAUUAUGAACCUGCUUGUGGCAGCGACCCUGAUUCCCUGGAUCACUCUGUCCUGGCUGUGGGUUAUGGUGUGAUGAACAACCAGGCCUACUGGCUCAUCAAGAACUCGUGGUCCACGUACUGGGGGAACGACGGCUAUGUCCUCAUGGCUCAGAAAGACAACAACUGCGGCGUGGCAACAGCACCAACAUUCGUCAAUAUCAAAUAAACCACACAAAACUGCACAUGUACAUACAAAUUAACAUUGUAUAUAUUUUUACAACUUUUAGUGCCAUCACUAUUUAAUAUUAUGUUGAUAUUUUAAAAUUUGUGAUAAAAAGUAAAAAUACAAAACUAUGUAACUAUGUCCUCAGGAAAAAAAGGCACAUUUACAUUUUAUGUACAAAAUAGCUGUACUGAUAUUAUUCAAGAUAUUAUUGUUUUUCAUUCAUGAAAACCAUUAGCACCAUAUUGUGCUUUAAUUGCUAUCCAUUGGCCACAUCAGUGCAAGAAUAUUGAGAUCACAGAACAAUAGGUACUGGAGAAAUAUGUCUGGGCAGUCAUGAUGACUGUUCUCACUGUGUCACACCUCGUAUACUAUCAUACGAGCGACUUGUUCUGAAUUAGAUCCCAUGAAAACCUGAUGGUUAUACUCACUCUUUCUGUCUCAGAAAUUUGUUUUGUCCGGAUAUUCAUAGUAUUUUCUAGUUGGACAGUUUAUCUGCCAUUGCUAUAUCUGUACAUAAUGUAAGAACCAUCAUAACAUUCCAUCCGUGCCCAAAAAUAAUGGAUUUUUUUAUGAAUGAUGAAAAGUGGUGAAAAAAAUGGCUGACAGAAGUUUAGUUUUUAUGAAAACUUUAGAAAUUGGUUCAAACAUGUUUUGUAGUUGCAUUCAUCUUUGUAAUGCUCAAAGUAAAAUGUAGUGCUCUUGAUUUUACAAUUGAUUGAUUAUUUUAUACUAAUCUGUACAGUUUGUAGAAUUGAAAAAUAAACAUAUGUUUUAUC